AACAAAGUGAAAGUUACAAUCCACGUACGAGAAGGAAAGCUCUACCUCUUUCAUGUCAUCUUGAGAUACAUCAAUUCAGGGAGCACCACGGUACUGGGCAAGAUCACCGCUUUUCAGCCACGAAAACGAGGUACCGAACAGACUAAGCAGAUCAUAUUUGGGCCAACCCAAGAGCCGACAUUUGUCACUGUUCCUCACCACAGCUUUGGAGAACCAUUUGUGUUGAGUCCUCAUGUUUGGUCUCUCAUCAUUGAAGCUGAAGAUGUCCUUCUUGAUUAUCUGGUUCUGCUUCCCAGCUCUUAUUAUGAAGCUCCUAUACUGCAAUAUACAGUCUCGGAUCCUUGUACCUAUAGCCCAGCUCCUGAACAAGUGGGUCAAAAUUGCUUCCUAUAUAAGUACCUGCCUGUGGAGCAGUAUUCCUUUGUGUCAGGCGAAGAUGCUUUGUGCAAGUUGGACAACAACUUACCAAGACCUUGCCCUGUAGAGCAGAUUUUUCCUACCGUCCCCAAAUUGGUGCUGUGUAGUGGCAGAUAUGUGGAAGUACAACUGGUAAUCCCUGUACCCCAACCAGGGAGAUACGUGCUUCUGAUGGAGUAUGCCAAUGAAGAUACCCCACAGACCAUUGAGGUAUCUGUCAGCACACCACAGAAGGUUCCUCGGCUGGGCACUCUUAUGAUAUACACCUGCAAAUACAGUUUCCUUUGCCGUGGGAUCGUUGUCGAUUCUCAAAACCGCUUGGCAGCAUUUGAACUCGACACUGAGGGGAGAGUCCAGUUCACUGCAGGUCUGGACCGCUUCUUUCUGUACAAAGUGUACUUGGUCCCUUACGAGCAAUUCACUGUGGAGUUUUUGGAGCCAAAAGUUCAUUGCAUCAGUACCCAUGGAACGUUAUCGCUGAACAGUAGUUCCUGUGUCCCAUCAAGAUAUCAGAAGAUUUCACAAUCGGUUGUCCUGGAGGAAGGACAGUUGCUACACAUUGCUCCAGACUUGCCCCUAACUCAAGCAAUUAGCAUCCCGCCAGAAGGCAGUCUCCCAGCUUCUGCACCUCGACCUCCAACUUUGUUAGACACUUCUGCAAAACUUAUUUUCUUAAGGGCGCCUCAGACAGCUGUUGUGUUAAAUGGCCAUAUUCAAAGUCCAGGACGCUAUGCUUUCAUCCUGCAUUGUUAUCAGCCUGGUCACGCAACUUUCCCUGUUGAAGUGUUGAUCAACGGAGGGCGGAUUUGGCAGGGACAAGCUAAUGCUACUUUCUGCCCACACGGAUAUGGUUGCCGGAAUCUGGUAGUUGCAGAGAACCAAAUCAUUCUGGAUAUCACAGAAAAUGAUCUGAGUGUAAUAAUCCGUGUGCCAGAAGACCGGCAUCUUUGGGUGGAUUAUAUCCUUGUGGUUCCUGAAAGCAUUUAUGGCUCCAACUAUCUUUCGGAAGAACCGCUGGACAAAUCCUACGAUUUCAUCAGCAGCUGCGGAGUCAAUGGCUUCUACAUCAGCCCUGUAACUUCAUCCAGGUUCUGCCAGGACUCUGCCAUCUCAAUUUCUCUUUUUUACAACGGGGCCGAACCUUGUCACUGCCAUGAGGCUGGCGCUGUCUCGAGCCAGUGUGAGCCGUUUGGGGGUCAAUGUACAUGCAAGUCCAAUAUCAUCGGGCGCGAAUGUUCCCGCUGUGCCACUGGAUAUUGGGGUUUCCCCAAUUGCCGAU